AACUUCCGCGCAUCUACGCGGCCGGGACUGCCGCUACCUUUCUGGAAAGCGCCGGCCUCGGGUCCCGGAUCCCGCCCGCCACAGGCGUCCCCGGCUGCGGGGCAGGGACCGGGCGCCCCGCCCUCACCAGCGCCCGCCCCCGCCCGCCCCCGGCCCGCCCUCCGCAUCUGGCCCCUGGGCCGCGAUCCCGGGAGGCGGCCAGCGAGCUGGGGUCGCGCGAUGUCGCACGGAGCCGGGCUCGUCCGCACCACGUGCAGCAGCAGCGGCGGCGCGCUCGGACCCGGGGCCGGUGCGGCCCAGCCCGGCGCGAGCCCCCUGGAGGGGCUGCUGGACCCCGGCUACCCCCGCACCCACGCGGCCCUGCUGAAAGUGGCGCAGAUGGUCACCCUGCUAAUUGCCUUCAUCUGCGUGCGGAGCUCCCUGUGGACCGACUACAGUGCCUACAGCUACUUUGAAGUGGUCACCAUUUGCGACUUGAUAAUGAUCCUCGCCUUUUACCUGGUCCACCUCUUCCGCUUCUACCGCGUGCUCACCUGUAUCAGCUGGCCCCUGUCGGAACUUCUGCACUAUUUUAUCGGUACCCUGCUCCUCCUCAUCGCUUCCAUCGUGGCAGCUUCCAAGAGUUACAACCAGAGCGGACUGGUAGCCGGAGCGAUCUUUGGUUUUGUGGCCACCUUCCUCUGCAUGGCAAGCAUGUGGCUGUCCUACAAGGUCUCCUGUGUAACCCAGUCCACAGAUGCAGCCGUCUGAUGAGGCCACGGCCCCUCGAGCCCUCAGGAGCUUUGCAGAGAGGAGGACAUGUGCCCCAGGCGAGGCCUCUGGACCUGUGUUCCUGUGCCAAAGUCCUGCCAGGCUGGUGGGCACCAGGAAAGGCCUGCACCCUCUUCCUGCUUUCCCAGGAAGCCAGCUCCCUGAGCGCCUGAGCAGGCAGGAAACCCUUUCUCCCACCUUCUGGGGGAACAUCCCUCCCUUCUGGGAAAGGGAAGCAGCCUCCAGGGAAUUCUGUUUUCGGCCUUCCUGCUUCUAGAACCACCUCAGGUACUGACGCCCCCCACUUAGCACAGCUGGAGGGGUUUGUGAAUACUCCUGCCCAAAUCCCUUCUAAUUCUCACUUCUCAGGGGAGUGAAGCCUUAAGAAACAAAGCCCCCUCCUAAUUUAUCUGGUUGUCAAUGGGUCUUAGAGAUACCCACUUUCCUGAAGCAAGGCGUGCCUGUAGAAACACUAUGUGGUCAGCCUGUGCCCAAGGAGACCUCAUGUCUCCUCUCCGUCUCUGCCUUUGUUACCAUUGUGCAUGUGUUUGUGUGUUUUUUAAUAAAAUAUUGACUUGGCCAGUU